UUGAGGAAAAUCCCCUUUUCCUUAGUGCUGACGCUGACUGGGAGCUGUAGCUACGUGCAGUAGCUUGGACUGAUAUAUCCACCAUGUUUAUUUGGGUUUUAGUUUUAGGGGCCUUCGUUUCUAGAUCAGAAUGUUACUUUUCGGAGGAGAAAUAUCCUGAAGAAUCGAAAAUGCAGCCGCCAACGGUUGUUAUUGCGAUCAUUGCUCGGAACGCGGCGCAUUCCUUGCCGUACUACCUCGGAGCGUUGGAGAGACUGAACUAUCCCAAAGCACGCAUCUCUGUUUGGUAGGUGGCAGACAUCCUGCCAGUGCUCUUUCCCUGGCCGCUAUUUGUCAAACUCGUGGGCGAUCAAUCGCAUUUGGAUUAGAUUAAGAAUACCACCCCUCUCCUCCCCAGUCCCCAAUCCCCAUAAUCCCGUUAGAACCAUCGACCCCUCAACAAAAUAGAACGCUUCUGCUGCUAUAGGCUACUCUAACUUUGCUUUCUAAAUUUUUUUCUUCCAAUGCAGAGUUUAUUAAGUUGAAUUGUAGGCCACUAUUGAACUACAUAAUGCAAUUAGAUGAUUUUCACAAUAGCAUGUACUUUACACCAGGCUUUCCUUGCUGGAUAUAUGUUUUCCAGUUUCUUGAAAUAUUUUGCAAAUGCAAUUUAUUUCUAUGUGGAAACUGAAAUGGUCUAUUCAUUUAUUUUUCCAUAGACUCUCUUAUCCAGAGCAAUUUACAGUAGUGAGUUCAUACUGUACUGGUCCCCUGUGGGAAUCGAACCCACAACCCUAGCAUUGCAAGCGUAAUCCUCUACCAAUUGAGCCACAUCAUCACAAACCACAUGAUGUCUCGAUGUACUCAAUUACUGUAUUGUGCAUUGUUUUUCUUCAUGGCGAUGGAAAGUCUACAGGUACAAAGCUAGAUGACCAGCCUAUGUACAAUACAGUAACUCACAUUUACAUUCAGUGAUUUGUAAGGAUGGUAAAUUAAUACUGCACAAAAAGUGGUUGUUUUCCAUGUUAUUUGAUCAAGAAAAAUAUUUAAUUUGAUGUGGAUGUUUUGUGUCUUUGCCCAUAACUUUGCACCUUUCUGAUGUAAAUGUUUGAGGACAGGGUUUUGUUCUUUCUGGAUUCCAUUAGAAUGAGAAUCGCAGAGAAAGGGACAGGGCAACAACUCUUACAAUUUCAACUAUUGAAUCCUGCAAGAUUCUGUUCUUAAUUAUAAAACUACCUUUUUGCCAAAGUAGAGAUGCUUAAAAAAUGGUUUUCCCCGCUACAGAUGUCUAUAUUGGUCCACUAAUACUUGUAAAGGCCCAGUGCAUGUUAUUUAUAUAUAUUUAUAUUUAUAACAAAAUAUACAUUCUGAUUUUUCAGGGGGGCUACAGCACCCUCAGCACCCUAUUUCCCGUGGCUAUGGGCCCACCUGAUUCAAUUAGUCAAAGGCUUGAUGAUUAGUUGCCUAAUUGAAUCAGGUAUGCCAGUUUAGGGUUAAAACAAAAAUGUGAAGGAGCGGGUUGGGAAACCCUGCUUUAUGCUACAGUCUGCAUGUUAGGCUAAUGCAGGACCGCCCAACCCUGUUCCCAGAGAGCUACCGUCCUGUAGGUUUUUGCUCCAACCCUAAUCUAGCACGCCUGAUUCUAAUAAUUAGCAGGUUGAUAAGAUAAAUCAGGUUAGUAACACCUGGGGUUGGCGCGAAAACCUACAGGAGGGUAGCUCUCCAGGAACCGGGUUGGGCAACCCUGUGCUUUGCACAGAGAAUAGGCUUAUUUCCAUGGAAUCCACUAGUGAUUUCCUGUUCUGCAUUUCAUAGGGAGUCCUUAUUUAUUAGGGUUCUCCUCUGCAUAUUUAAUAUCAUAUUGUCAGUAGGGUUAACAAUGUGCAUGGCUUUUCUCCGUUGCAUGUGUAACAUGUGGGACCACUUUGGUUUGUCUGAUUUGCAGUGUCUUGCAGAUUCUUUAAUUCCUAGUUGUGGUGUGCUUGCAUGCAAGUAAGGCAGACCAAGUGAUCAUUGGUUACACCUACUACAUUCUAGUGUCAAACAGUGUGUCUAUAUCCCCAUGUCCGCAGGGCAGCGACAGAUCACAAUGCUGACAACACUACAGCUGUUCUGAGAGAAUGGCUAACAGUCAUGCAAAAGUUUUACCACUACGUGGAAUGGAGGCCUAUGGAGCAUCCUACGUAAGUUUGAGAUGUGUUCAGCAUUAUCACGUUUCUUCUAAAAGUAUGUGUACUAGUACGUGUCUGUGUUGAUACAGUUGAUUACCUCGCAAAACCAUGGGUCUAAGCCUUGAACAUCAGCUCAUUUGUAUAAACUCUGCAUUAGCUUUCUAGAACACCCUGACAGUAGCAGCAGUAGCCUACAGCUGUGACUCCAUCAUUAUUAUUAUUAUUAUUAUUAUUAUUAUAUUACAGGAUGUAACUUUAAAACAGAGGGUGAAUAGAAAAGAGAGCCUCAAAUAAAUGUUUGGUGUUUACAGAGCAUGCUGAUACACAGUACUACCUGACCUGAGGGCACCUCUCACUUUCUCUCCCUAAGUACCUCAAAGCAAUGCAGGAAUGAGACCGUAGCAUGCCUCUGCCUGUGUCUGUGGGUAUGUGUGCCUGUCUGUGUGGGUGUGUGCCUGUCUGUGUGUGGGUGUGUGUGUGCCUGUCUGCCUGUCUGUGUGUGCCUGUCUGCCUGUCUGUGUGUGCCUGUCUGCCUGUCUGUGUGUGCCUGUCUGUGUGGGUGUGAGUGCCUGUCUGUGGGUGUGGGUGUGCCUGUCUGUGGGUGUGUGUGCCUGUCUGUCUGUGUGUGUGCCUGUCUGUGGGUGUGUGUGCCUGUCUGUCUGUGGGUGUGCCUGUCUGUGGGUGUGCCUGUCUGUCUGUCUGUGGGUGUGUGUGCCUGUCUGUCUGUGGGUAUGUGUGCCUGUCUGUCUGUGGGUGUGUGUGCCUGUCUGUCUGUGGGUGUGUGUGUGUGCCUGUCUUUCUGUGGGUGUGUGUGUGUGUGCCUGUCUGUCUGUGUCUGUGUGUGUGUGUGCCUGUCUGUGGGUGUGUGUGUGUGCCUGUCUGUCUGUGGGUGUGCCUGUCUGUGGGUGGGUGUGCCUGUCUGUCUGUGGGUGGGUGUGCCUGUCUGUCUGUGGGUGUGUGCGUGUGCCUGUCUGUCUGUGGGUGGGUGUGUGUGCCUGUCUGUCUGUGGGUGUGCCUGUCUGUCUGUGGGUGGGUGGGUGUGUGUGCCUGUCUGUCUGUGGGUGUGUGCCUGUCUGUCUGUGGGUAUGUGUGCCUGUCUGUCUGUGGGUAUGUGUCUCGUUCUGACUCCCUCCAUUGCUCUACAGGUCCUACCCAGGGGAGAUGGGGCCUAAAUACUGGAGCAACGGCAGAUAUGAAUACCUGAUGAAGCUUAAACAGGCUGCUCUCAACUUUGCCAAGACACGCUGGGCUGACUACAUACUGGUACAGUCACAUAUCUACUCUGCCCUCAGACCUAAAAGUAGCACUAUAGCUUUAUGUCAUUGCCCACAUACUGAGUGUGACCCUGCUGUGGUUGUUACCAAAAAAUCAGUAUGCUGGAGUUCUCUUUUUUUCAGUUUCAACCGCCUCACUAAACACACCCUGUCAUCUCUGGCUGUGCCUCUGAUCUCCACUAAACACUCAACAACAAUCACACACUCCGUCCAGAGCCAUGGAUAGAGAUAUCUAAUGACUCCGUCCAGAGCCAUGGAUAGAGAUAUCUAAUGACUCCGUCCAGAGCCAUGGAUAGAGAUAUCUAAUGACUCCGACUCACAUUUUAUUACAACCAUGUCUCCUCCAGUACGCUGACACAGACAACAUCCUGACCAACCCAGAGACUCUGAACCUCCUGAUAGCAGAGAACAGGUCUGUUGUGGCCCCCAUGCUGGACUCUCAGGGAGCCUACUCCAACUACUGGUGCGGCAUCACUCCCCAGGUAAGACCGGUCUGAGGCAGCACAGUGUGUUUCUGGUAGGCACGAUAGUGUGAAAUGUGCAAUAAAUGACCAUAUUGUUUUCAUUUCAAUCGUUCGUUUUACGGUGCAUUCGAAAAGUAUUCAGAAAACUUCCCCUUUUCCAUAUUUUGUUACGUUACAGCCUUAUUCUAAAAUGGAUCAAAUACAUUUUUUUCCCUCAUCAAUCUACACACAAUACCCCAUUAUGACAAAGUCAAAACAGAUUUUUGCAAAUGUAUAAAAAACAAAUACCUUAUUUACUUACAGUACCAGUCAAAAGUUUGGACACACCUAUUCAUUCAAGGGUUUUUCUUUAUUUUUACUAUUUUCUACAUUGUAGAAUAAUAGUGAAGACAUCAAAACUAUGAAAUAACACAUAUGGAAUAAUGUAGUAACCAAAAAAGUGUUAAAAGAAAUCAAAAUAUAUUUUACUCUUUAAAGUAGGCAACCUUUGCCUUGAUGACAGCUUUGCACACUGUUGGCAUUCUCUCAACCAGCUUCACCUGGAAUGCUUUCCCAACAGUCUUGAAGGAGUUCCCACAUGUGCUGAGCACUUUUUGGUUGCUUUUCCUUCACUCCGUGGUCCAACUCAUCCCAAACCAUCUCAAUUGGUUAGAGGUCGGGUGAUUGUGGAGGCCAGGUCAUCUAAUGCAGCACUCCAUCACUCUCCUUCUUGGUGAAAUGGCCCUUACGCAGCCUGGAGGUGUGUUGGGUCAUUGUCCUGUUGAAAAACAAAUGAUAGUCCCACUAAGCCCAAACCAGAUGGGAUGGCGUAUCACUGCAGAAUGCUGUGGUAGCCAUGCUGGUUAAGCGUCCUUGAAUUCUAAAUAAAUCACAGACCGUGUCACCAGCAAAGCACCAUCACACCUCCUCCAUGCUUCACGGUGGGAACUACACAUGUGGAGAUAAUCCGUUCACCUACACUGCGUCUCACAAAGACACGGCGGUUGGAACCAAAAAUCUCCAGUUUGGACUCCCGACCGAAGGACAGAUUUCCACCGGUCUAAUGUCGAUUGCUUGUGUUUCGGAUUGACUGACCUUCAUGUCUUAAAGUAAUGAUGGACUGUAGUUUCUCUUUGCUUAUUUGAGCUGUUCUUGCCAUAAUACCGACUUGGUCUUUUACCAAAUAGCCCUAUCUUCUGUAUACCACCCCUACCUUGUCACAACACAACUGAUUUGCUCAAACGCAUUAAGAAGGAAAGAAAUUCCACAAAAUAACUUUUAAGAAGGCACACCUGUAAACUGAAAUACAUUCCAGGUCAUAGUUUUGAUGUCUUCACUACUAUUCUACAAUGUAGACAAAAGUAAAAAUAAGAAGAACCCUUGAAUGAGUAGGUGUGUCCAAACUUGACUGGUACUGUAAGUAUUCAGACACUUUGCUAUGAGACUCGAAAUUGAGCUCGGGUGCAUCCUGUUUCCAUUGAUCAUCCAUGUUUCUACAACUUGAUUGGAGUCCAGCUGUGGUAAAUUCAGUUGAUUGGACAUGAUUUGGAAAGGCACACACCUGUCUAUAUAAGGUCCCACAGUUGACAGUGCAUGUCAAAGCAAAAACCAAGCCAUGAGGUUGAAGGAAUUGUCCAUAGAGCUCCGAGACAGGAUUGUGUCGAGGCACAGAUCUAGGGAAGGGUAUCAAAACAUUUCUGCAGCAUUGAAGGUCCCCAAGAACACAGUGGCCGCCUCCAUUCUUAAAUGGAAGAAGUUUGGAACCACCAAGACUCUUCCUAGAGAUGGCCGCCCGGCCAAACUGAGCAAUCUGGAGAGAAGGGCCUUGGUCAGGGGGGUGACCAAGAGCCCAAUGGUCACUCUGACAGAGCUCCAGAGUUCCUCUGUGGAGAUGGGAGAACUUUCCAGAAGGACAACCAUCUCUGCAGCACUCCACCAAUCAGGACUUUAUGGUAGAAUGGCCAGAUGAAAGCCACUCAGUAAAAGGCAGAUGACCGCCCGCUUGGACUCUGAAGAUUGAACUCUUUGACCUGAAUGCCAAGUGUCAAGUCUAGAGGAAACCUGGCACCAUCCCUACGGUGAAGCGUGGUGGCAGCAUCAUGCUGUGGGGAUGUUUUCCAGCGGCAGGGACUGAGUGACUAGUCAGGGUCGUGGGAAAGAUUUAACGGAGCAAAGCACAGAGAUCCUUGAUGAAAACCUGCUCCAGAGCGCUCAGGACCUCCGAUUGAGGCGACGGUUCACCUUCCAACAGGACAACAACCAAAAGCACAAAGCCAAGACAACGCAGUAGUGGCUUCGGGACAAGUCUCUGAAUGUCCUUGAGUAGCCCAGUCAGAGCCCGGACUUGAACCCGAUCGAACAUCUCUGGAGAGACCUGAAAAUAGCUGUGCAGCGACACUCCCUAUCCAACCUGACAGAGCUUGAGAGGAUCUGCAGAGAAGAAUGGGAGAAACUCCCCAAAUACAGGUGUGCCAAGCUUGUAGCGUCAUACCCAUGAAGACUCGAGGCUGUUAUCGCUGCCAAAGGUGCUUCAACAAAGUACUGAGUAAAGUGUCUGAAUCUAAAAUGUCUAAAAACCUGUUUUUGCUUUGUCAUUAUGGGGUAUUGUGUGUAGAUUGAGGUUUAAAAAACAAUUGAAUCCAUUUUAGAAUAAGGCUGUAAUGUCACAAAGUGGAAAAAGUCAAGGGGUCUGAAUACUUUCCGAAUGCUCUGUACAUGGGGACCGAUGCAGUUCAAACAUUGAAUGUACAAACAGUCAGAUGCAUUGCACCUUAGCUUAUGCUAAUUUCCAGUACCCUGUGUGUCUGUUCCCAGGGUUAUUACCGGCGUACAGCUGAGUAUUUCCCCACCAGACAGCGCCACCGGCUGGGCUGCUACCCAGUGCCCAUGGUCCACUCUACCUUCCUGCUGGACAUGAGGAAGGCAGGCAUGAAGAAGCUGGCCUUCCACCCCCCUCACCAGGACUACUCCUGGCCCUUCGAUGACAUCAUCGUCUUUGCCUUCUCCUGCCGCGUCUCAGGUAGGGGUCUACAUUAUAACACACACACAUUUAGUCAUGCACACACACACACACACACAUUCACAACGUGUAAUCGAAACCUCCACGUCCCUGACUGCUGCAGGGGUGAAAUCAAUGUGUUCAAAGUAAAAGGCUAGAUGAUUACAUUCACAUGUUGCUGGCACGUCAAGGCCAUGUCGACUGUUAGAUGACAGAGUUGACUCUUCUGUGUGUUUCCAGAGGUGCAGAUGUACCUGUGCAACAAGGUGAGGUAUGGUUACCUGAACGUCCCAGCCAAGCCUCACCACACCAUAGAGGAUGACAGCAUCAGCUUCAGCCAUCUCGUCCUGGAGGCCACGAGUAAAACCUUAUUUCAUCUUUUUUUUUUUUUUUUUACAUUAUUAUAAAGUUAUUUAAGAGUAGGUGUCUGUCACAGUAAUAGAUGUAUAAUAACACGUCUCUGUUCUUCCCCCAGUCGAGGGUCCCCCCAUGGCCCCCUCCAAAUACGUGAGCCUCUUCCCCAAACAGAGAGACCUCAUGGGCUUUGAUGAGGUGAGACAGAGGCCAGGAGCCCAAACUCCUCAUCACAUACUAGACUAGAUCAAAUAAGUAGAAGUGGCUUGGGAACACUGCUGUAGGCUAAUUAAAUCAAAUCAAAUGUUAUUUGUCACAUGCGACGAAUACAACAGGUGUAGAUCUUACCGUGAAAUGCUUACGUACAAGCCUUUAACCAACAAUGCAGUUCAUGAAAUGGAGUUAAGAAAAUAUUUAAUAAAUAAACUAAAGUAUAAAAUUAAAUAAAAAGUAACUCAAUAAAAUAACAACGCGGCUGUAUACAGGGGUACCGAGUCAAUGUGCGGGGGUACAGGUUAGUUGAGGUAAUUUGUACAUGUAGGUAGGGGUAAAGUGACUAUGCAUAGAUGAGGCCCGAGGGGGUGUGGUAUACGGUCUGAUAUACCAUACCACGGCUGUCAGCCAAUCAGCAUUCAGAGCUCAAACCACCCAGUUUAUAAUGGUAUUAUGAUCUCUCACACUCUAAGAUAAGAUAUACUGUAUUAGUUCAUACAGGAUGGAUUAUUUUCUGCUUUUUUCCCCAACCCCUCUGAAUAAUACAAACACUCACUCACUCUAUGGAUCAUUGUGUCUCUGAGUUGACCUCUGAACCUGGCUGUCCCGUGCUGUAGGUGUACCUGAUCAACCUGCGUCGUCGUCAGGACCGUAGAGACCGGAUGCUGUACUCUCUCAACGAGCUGGAGAUAGACGUCAAGGUGGUGGACGCCAUAGAUGGAGGGUGAGAAUUUAGCCUGGGAAUCCUGACUCAAUCAUGCUACAUUUCACUAAACAGAGUUGAAUUCAGUCUGGAUAUCCAGGCUAGGUGAGCAUUCAAAGCUUGGCAUAGAUAUGGCGCUGAGGGAGAUUUAGAGAGUUUGCAUAAGAGAAAGCUGGAGACUGUGUUGUGUCCUGCAGAGCUCUGAACAGCAGUGAUAUAAAGAUCCUGGGAGUGGACAUACUACCUGGUUACUAUGACCCGUUCUCUCGUCGUACCCUGACCAAAGGAGAGGUGGGAUGCUUCCUGAGUCACUACUACAUCUGGAAGGAGGUGAGGAUCACACACACCUUGGGACAUGGGACCUGGAGGUCAUGUUAGUAGGAGCCUAAUUGACUCCUUCAGGUCUGUCAUUAGAGCUUAUUUAAACUAGUUGUUCUCUCACUCUCGCUCACACACUUCUCCCCCCCCCCCACCCUCUCUCAGAUGGUAGACCAGCAGAUGGACAAGGCGCUGAUCUUUGAGGAUGACGUGCGUUUCCAGGCCAACUUCAAGCGGCGCGUGCUGCGUCUGAUGAAGGAGGUGGAGCUGGUGGAACUGGACUGGGACAUCAUGUGAGUCACCCUGGCGACCACGCGACUGCCACCUACCCGCAUUGCCAUAUGUCAUUUCGCUAGUCUGAUGUGCUCUCCUGUUGCUGACUAAAUUACCAAUAGGACUACAGUGUGGUCCUCCAGCUGAAUGUCUCUCUCCAUCCCAGUUACCUGGGCCGUAGGCAGGUGAAGCCAGGUGACGAGAUGGUGGAGAACGGUGUUGUCCUCUGACUAACUAACCCUGUCUCUGUCCACUACUGACUAACUAACCCUGUCUCUCUCCCUCCCCUGUCCACUACUCUGAUUAACCCUGUCUGUCCUUUGUCCACAGUUACCUGGGCCGUAAGCAGGUGAAGCCAGGUGAUGAGGAGGUGGUGGAGAACGUGAGGAACCUGGUGAUGGCAGACUAUUCCUACUGGACCCUGUCCUAUGCCAUCUCUCUCCAGGGCGCCCAGAAGCUGCUCAACGCUGAACCCCUCUCCAAGAUGCUGCCCGUUGAUGAGUUCCUACCCAUCAUGUAUGACAAACACACCAAGUAAGUACCACAACUGUUUUUUAAAAUCUAUUUGUUGAUGUAUUUAUUUAGACAUUCUCAAGUCGUUCUCAGAUCACUGAGACCAAACACACCAAGUAGGUGGAACUGAAACUUGAAGAAUUAUGUUAGCUCGCCCUGAGCUAAUGCCUAGACCCCUCUAACUCAACUCUAGACCUGAAAGCCAGUUCCACUGCUUUUGUUCAUUGUUCCCCUCUAAUCGGGGACUGAUGUAGACCUGGGACACCAGGUGGGUGCAAUUUUAAUUAUCAGGUAGAACAGAAAACCAGUAGGCUUCGGACCUUGUAGGGUAAGAGUUGAAUACCCCUGGCCUAGACUUUAGCUCAAUGGGUUAAGACAGGUUUGUGAUGUGCAGGAGACACAGGUUCAAACCCAGUUGGUAUGUAAGUUUAACAACAAUGCUCCGUAAGGGAGAGAACUGGUGAAACAAAUCUUUCCUGAAAGAUUAGUUUGACUAGGAACAUCCUUCAUCCAUUGCCAAUGGAACUUAAGAUUAUUUUAGUGCUACAAAGCUGUCAGGAAACUCUGCUUUGUGCCACUCAAAAUUGCAUUGUAUCUUGUGUAGCUUGCUCUGACCCUUUGCCAGCAUUGAACUGCCAAAGCUAUAGCAACAAAUCCUAAUUAGCUGCAGUUUUGGAUAAACGUUGUGCAUAAAUGUAGCUUUGGAGUGGACAUAGAUUGAGAACCACUGUUAAAAUCACCAGCCUGUGGUUUCACGUCUAUAGCCUCUUAUUGAUGUUCACCUUCCUGUGACCACAUUCUUGGCUCAACUACCACUCCUCUCAUCCAAGAGGCCCAAGCCUGCUUUCUAAAAUAGCUUGCCACAAUUAAAAUUUUCCCUCAUUCUGAAACGCACUCUCAUUUUAGUUAAGUCAAGAAGUCAAACUGCUUUGUAUUUUGCUUCAUUUUGGUGUUCGUCUCCUUCUGCAGACUGACUUGGCUUGUUCUAGCGUUCCAGUGUCAUCUGGUCGACUCCCUGUCUCUCUCUUGCUGCAUGUCAUGUGUCUGCCAGACCAAGCUAAUAGAACCCAGAGCCUCUGAGCCAAUGGGAGCCAGGCAUGCAUCCAGAAAGCUGUUAGAAUGCCUUGGCGUUCUGUUGAGAAUGCCUUAGUGUUCCGUCAUGUAUGGAAACCUGGCCAGCUGUCAUCAUCCCUAGUCCUCCUUCCCCUUCCCAUCCUCUUCCCUGUGUGGUUCUGCUUCGAUAUGCUUGACUUGUCCUGAAAAUAACACAUGGGGUUGAAUCUGGGCCUUCUGACUAACUGAUUCUUUCUAAGAGUUGCCAUUCCCACAGAAACGUAUUCCAAGUACUUGUAUUAUAACCUUGUUUCCACAAUAUUUAAUGUGAUUUCAUUAUUAACUAUUAAUCUCUCAAUGUUUAGAAAUUACCAGUACAUUUUAAAACUGUUACCUUUCAUAGGAUUACAUUUUAGCAGUGUAUUGUUGCCCACCGUAACACUGUAUCAGUGGAGGCUGCUCAGGGGAGGACGGCUCAUAAUGGCUGGAAUGGAGUCAAUGGAAUGUUAUCAAACACAUGGAAACCACGCGUUUGAUUCCAUUAAUUCCGUUCCGUCCAUUACUAUGAGCCGUCCUCCCCUGAGCAGCCUCCACUGAACUGUAUGAUGAAGUGUGGCCCUGUUAUGGAUAUUUACAUGCUCUCAAGCUAUGUACACACAGUUAUGGACUGGCUAGUUUUUAUUUUAUCUCCUUAGUGGAAGUUCUAACAUCAGAUGUGAUAAUGUUGUUAUCAUCCUGUGACCAAUGUAUCUCUGACCUCCGUCCUGUUUCUCAACAGUGAGAACUACAAGUCCCACUUCCCUAACCGUAACCUGCAGGCGUUCUCAACACACCCCCUACUGGUGCACCCAGCCCAAUACGCUGGGGACCCCAAGUGGGUGAGCGACACAGAGACCUCCACGCUGUGGGACGACGACAACGUACGAACGGACUGGAGGGGCUCCCACAAAACCCUGAAGGGGGCUCCCCAACCCCACAUGCUGCAGACGUCAUAUAAAGAUGAGCUGUAGUUAAACCAUAUUUAUUAGUGCCUGAUUCACACAGUUUAUAUCACUUCCUGAAUUGACUGCCUUCAAUA